AUGUUGGAUGACAUCGUUGAGGAAGUGGGGGUAGAAAAUGUUGUUCAAAUUGUAACAGACAAUGCUGCAAACUACAAGUUGGCUGGACAAAUGUUGAUGGACAAGAGGAAUAUGCUUUAUUGGACACCUUGUGCAGCUCAUUGUAUUGAUCUAAUGUUAGAGGAUUUUGAGAGCAAGAUACAUAUGCAUAAGGAGAUUAUUGCUUCGGGUAAAAAGAUCACAACUUACAUUUAUGCUAGGACGGGUCUUAUAACUUUGUUGCAUCAUUAUACUGUAGGAGGUGAGUUGAUAAGACCUGGUGUCACUCGCUUUGCAACAUCAUAUUUGUGUUUGGGUUGCUUGAAUGAUAAGAAGGGAGAAUUGUAUAGGAUGCUCACUUCUAAGGAAUGGAAGGAUAGUAAAUUUGCCAAGACAAAAGAUGGGAAAUUGGUUGAAAAUAUAGUCACAAACAGGGACUUUUGUAAGAAUUUGGUUAUUUGCCUUAAGGGUGCUUUUCCAUUACUUAAAGUCUUGCGUAUGGUGGAUUCUGAUGAGAAGGCAGCCAUGGGCUAUAUCUAUGAAGCAAUGGAUCAAGCAAAAGAGCAAAUUCAAACUAGCUACAAUAAUAAGAGAAAAAGCUACCAACCUUUAUGGCAGAUUAUAGAUAACAGAUGGGACAAACAGUUGCAUAGGCCUUUGCAUGCUGCGGGUUACUAUCUUAAUCCAAUGUUGCAUUACAAACCUAAUUUCAAAGCAGAUAAUGAAGUUAAACAAGGGAUAUAUGCAUGUUUAGAAAGGAUGAUGGGAGGAGACAUGGAUAUGGUGAAUAAAAUUGAUGGUCAACUUGAGGAUUUUAAGAGUAAAAAAGGGUUCUUUGGGAGUGAAAUAGCUCAACAUGGACUAGAAAACAAGACACCAACUCAAUGGUGGGAAUCUUACGGUGAUGCACACCCAGAGUUGCAAAACUUUGCUAUUCGUGUGUUAAGUUUGACCUCCAGCUCUUCUGGCUAUGAGAGAAACUAG